AUGAACCCCUUCAACUUUUCUCGUUCAAGUUCCUCUAGUUCUGAUGAAAGAAGAUCAUCACGAGCAAUAAUUGAUCAAGAAAUAGAUGAUUUCUUGACCAAUAUUGUUCAACCACUUGCUCCAACUCUUAUAUCAAAUGUAACUCCAACACCAAGGAAUAAAAGAGCAAAAGUGACUAACGAUAAUGAAGCAGGUCAUUCACGUCCUAAUCGAGGCAGGGUGGAAGGUCAUAGAAGAUUGUUCAAUGAUUACUUUGCUCAUCAACCAGUCUAUCCAACUCGUUUAUAUUGUCGAAGAUUUCGAACGCACCAACAUGUCUUUCUUCGGAUUAUGGAGAGUGUCGUUGCAAGUUAUGUAUGGUUCACUCAAAAAAGAGAUGCUACGGGUCAGUUAGGUUUAUCGCCCCUACAAAAGUGUACAACAGCUAUUCGAAUGCUUGCCUACGGGGUAGCGACGGAUUCGCUUGACGAGUAUGUGCGAAUUAGUGAAAGUAUAGCUCGAAUAGCAUUGAUGAAAUUUACGAAGGGGGUCAUCACGAAAUUUGGUGCGGAGUACUUGAGACGGCCUACUCCAGACGAUUUGGCUAGACUACUCAGAUUCGGUGAAGAACGUGGAUUUUCGGGCAUGGUUGGUAGCAUAGAUUGUUCGUGCAAUGACCUAAAUGUUCUUCACCAAUCUCUUGUGUUUAGGGAUGUUUUAGAAGGUCGAGCACCCCCCGUGCAGUUUACGGUGAAUGGUAACCAAUAUGAUAAGGGUUAUUAUGUCACUGAUGGUAUAUAUCCGAAUUGGGCAACAUUCAUUCAAUCAGUUACAUGUCCUCUUACUCUCAAGGACAAGUUAUUUGCUCAACACCAAGAAGGAGCUCGAAAAGAUGUAGAGAGAGCAUUUGGGGUGCUGCAAUCUCGGUUUGCUAUUGUUCGUAAACCAUCCCUCGCAUGGGAUGAGGAAAUUCUCAAUGACAUCAUGUUGUCUUGCAUUAUCAUGCACAACAUGAUUGUGGAAGAUGAACAAGAUACAUAUGCACACUACGCAGAUACUACCGAAUUCAAUACCAACACAAGUAAUAAUGGGGAUGAAUUUGAAUAA